AUAUUUAUCAUUGUUGUUUACAAUUUGACUAAGGCUUUGUAGCUCAUGAGAGGUCGGUUCAUUUAGAUGGAGACACGUUUUCAUACAGCUGCCAACAGCUGUGAACAUGUUUACCGUUUGUUAUCGUAAAGAGUUAAAGAACACUUGAGGAAACAUUUUUCAUUCAGUACGUCACUCAAAGGGCGUGAUACACCCAUGACGGCAGUGAAAACUGUUGCUGAGCUACUCUGAAAAUAUAAAUAUAGGCUGGCCUAGCCUACUUUGUAAAAGUAAAAACUCAAAACACCAGCGUUGGACCACAUGAAGUACCAUUAUACUAAUAUAGUUUUUGUUAAAGUCGUCAGUCUUUGUCUGUCUACAGACAUGUUCUGCGAAGCAGAACGAACUGGUUCCUUGGUGCUCGCCCUAGCUGUUUUCCCGGUUCCCAAAAUCUGUCACCAUUCCAAAGCGCCGCGUCUUCGUAGAGCGACAGGCAAGAGUGAGCGCAAUAAUAUGUAAAAGGGGGUGUGUUAGGGGAGAGCUAGAGAGAAACGUUUGGAUAGAGCUUCAAAUUUAGACCGAGAGAGGGAGAGAGAGGGAUUUUCUCUCACACACUCGUGUAGAAUAGCCUACCGCAGCGACAAUGAAUAAAUAUAUACAGAAAUUUUGAAAAUCCGAGACAGACGGACAAACGGAUUGGUCAGUCGUCUCUCCAUACACUGACAAGAAAUUGCCUACGCAUGUGAGAUCCGGCGUCAGAUCAUACGAAGAGCAGCCGCAUGAUCGUUUUCAUAAUGCGGGCGGGCGUGAGUAGGCUACAGUAACACACGGUGUUGCACGGAGAGAGAGGGGAGGAGUGCGGAGGGCCAGUUAUCGGUUUCCCCGCCAGACAAACGGAGGAGAGAGGGGAGGCAACAAGACGCCUAGUAUGUCGAAUCGAAAACACCGGGACAACCAAGAGAUAUGCGCCCGCAGGGUGAGGGAGCUCGCUCAGGCUGCAGUCAACAAACACUGCUUCGAGUGCGGACAGCCUGGAGUUACAUACAUCAAUAUCACCGUGGGCUGCUUCGUGUGUACGUCGUGCUCCGGAAUGUUGAGAGGACUCAACCCUCCCCACAGAGUCAAGUCCAUCUCCAUGACAACCUUCUCCCAACAGGAAGUUGAAUUUCUCCAAAACCAUGGCAACGAGGUUGGGAAGAGGACUUGGCUCUGCACCUUUGACCCAAAAACGGAUGGAUGCUUUGAUGCCCGAGAUUCCCAGAAACUGAAGGAGUUUCUUCAGGACAAAUAUGAGAGGAAGAAAUGGCAUUUUUCAAAGAGCAAGAACCGGCGGGACAUAGAAGGACCCUUCAGCCCUGGAAUGCAGAACCUGCCGCAGGCCCACGCCGGACCCCUGCAGAACCAGCUGCCCAGUCACACCAUGCCUCACGGAACCCACCAGAACCAGAUGCCCAGUCACGCCAUGCCUCACGGAACCCACCAGAACCAGAUGCCCAGUCACGCCAUGCCUCACGGGUCCAGACCCAUUCGCACGCUGGUGAGGUCCCAGUCUCAGAUGUCCUGCUGGGACAGACCGCCUAUGGUGUCCCCUGCGGAUAUGCGCACGGACGUCUUCACCGCCCGACCCACGCGCUCCCAAAGCUUUAGAGACCCUCCCAUCAAAGAUACUAUGUUAAGUGGGGUGGAAAGACAGAGGCCAGGGUCAUUGUCCUCGGGUAUGAGAGACCAAAAUCACCCAACAUCCUUUCCUGCCCUCCCUCGUCCGUCAGCCAGUAGCACUUUUAAAAACAACUUCACCCUAGGUCGUACACUCUCCGCCUCUGGAGGCGGGGCUCCGUUCAGGGUGUUCCCCAAGUCUCUCAGUGUGGAUUUCGGAGGUCUGGGUCAGCAACACACCGCCCUCAGCACUGCCCCCCCUCCCAAAGCAUCUGGGCCCUCCCAAGACAAGUACGCCCCCCUGUCGCAACUUGACAGCGUGUUCUUGGAAAACACACCUGCCAGCACAGCCCCCUCUACUGGUCCAUCACAGUACAGCGCCCUAUUUGGCAGCAGAGUGUCAACAAGCUCCACUCCUCCAGCAAGUUCACCUGGUGUGACAGAUCCAGGCACCCAAACUUUUGCAAACUUUCCCAACCCGUUCAACUCCACCUCCACCUCACAGCCCGCCCUGUCUCCCAGCAACCCUUUCAAGUGUGCCACACCAGAUGACUCAAGUGCGUUUGUCUCCACCCCUUCGUCCAUUUUCCCCCAAUCGGCUUCCUUCUCAGCGACCACCACUACCCAAAAUGCGUUUCCACUUGAGCAAGCCAACAAGCAGGAAACUAAUGGUUUCACCUUGUUCCCUGCGCCUGAAGCUGCACCCAAAGUUCCACGCCCAAUGUCGGUGAAUCCGUUCACUGGGACUGUUUACCCCAGCAAAGGAACGUCACGCAACCCCUUCAUCUGAUCCUGUGCCCCUGGGCCCCCUGUCCACCCCAGUGCAGAGUGAGGGAGAAAGAGAGAGAGAGAGGGUGGGAGAGGGGCACAUGUCUGAACCCGAGGAGCUGCUGCCAUUUCAAUGCCUCUAGAGUAUUACCUCCCACACUUAAAGGCAAACGUGCACACAGCACAUGCAGCAAUCUAACAGCCCCAAAAUCACAACAGGCACACUGUGUGUGUGUGUGUGUUUGUGUAUGUGUUUGUAUGUGUGUGUCUGGGGUCUGCAUUUGUGUGCGAGUGUGUGUAUGUGUGUAAGUGUUAGUGUUUUCUUUAUGUGCUGUUAAGCCAUUUAUAUGUCGGUGUGAAUUUUUUGUGUCUGGGUCACUACAGUGUGUGUGUGUGUGUGUGUGUGUGUGUGUGUGUGUGUGUGUGUCUGAACCACAAGCCAAACAUGAAAAAGUGUUUCUGUUUAGAUAGAGCCCAUCACAGGGGUCUAUGGGGAGGGAAUAUGGGAAAAUUUACCAUUAUGUACAUGGUACCUCACACACACACUCACACGCACACUCACACAUUCUCUCUCUCUUAACCUCUGCUCCCUUGUAAUGUCUUUCCACUCAAAGCCAAUCCUCGAGCCUCCUCUUUCCUUUACCUCUGUUUGCAGCUGCCAUAGAUCACAAGAUGAAAGCAGAGGGGAAGAAACCUCCAGUGUGGCCUUCUGCCAGAGAAGUGAACAUGUACGAUCCACAUGAACUUGAGAACAGACAUGACAAAAAGCCAUAUAACACCCCAGCCCUCCUCAAUCCCCAGCCUUUGGCAACCACCACAUCCAGUGCAUGUGAAUAUGAGCUUAACAUUGUGUUUUUUACCCUGUGUUCGUUUGUGUGUAUGUGUGUGCGUGUCUGUGUGUGUGUGUGCGCAUGUGUUUGUGUGUGUGUGUGUGUGUGUGUGUGUGUGUGUGUGUAAAUGUGAACAGAACAGAACAGAACAGGAGUUGUAUUUAUUUGACUUGCGUUGUCUUUUUAGUAAACCGAGGCUGUGUUAUGCCUAUCAUGCUACAUGUUAAGACUCAGGCUGCAUGUGCUUGUGCAGCAGGGCUCGCUGAGACGCUGUUGAAUGUAAAGCUGUUUUAUUUCAUGACAAAAGGAAAAAAAAGAAGACAUGUCAAACUGUCAGUUGUUUUUUGGCAUUUCACAUUAAUGGACCAAACUGUCUGUUUUUUUGUGACAUAAAAGUAAGACUCCUUUCUUAUUUUGCAAACAAAUCCAUUUAGUCUUUGUAACAAAAAGCAACCACAUGCAUAUAUAUACUAUAUAUAUAAAUAUAUAUAUUAUAAAAGCCAAAUCAUUA